AUGCCCAAGAAUCUCAAUACUCGAUAUGGUGACGAGCUGCACUCGUACUACUCCGGCAACCCUCUUAACCGGCUGUCGUGGCUGCGGGAGGACUAUGCCUUUCUGGACAAGGUGCUCCAUUCGAGCUACACCAAGUUCAUUGUUCUGGACGGACUGUGUCCCCUGUUGAUGAAGAUUCCCAAGGAGAAGCGGGAGGGCCGGCAGAGUCACGACGUUGUCUAUGUUGGCUAUGAAGACGUCAAGACCAUUGUUGGCGAACCCUUUGCCAAAUCCGAGGCUGACUUCAUUUCCGGCUGGUCGUCCGAACGAGACGCCGUGGGACGAGGACGAGCGGCUCUGGUCUUCCUGGGAAUUCGAGAAGAGGCCGAGGGAGGCGAUCCGGCAAUUUCCGAGACCACCAACGGCCGGUUUCACGGAGUGGCGUACUUUGCUGUCGAUGUUACGGUCACACAGAUCCGAAACGACGACCUGGCUGAGCGAGUUCGAAAGGUCGGAAACGAGCUCAAGGACAAGCAUCCCGGCUCCGACUACACCUCGCCACAGAUCCAGGCUCGUCUGGGAGGACCCGUGGACCCGUCUGCGUUUGCCCAGGCCCGAUGUUACUUGGACUGGAUCGAGCGAAACCAGUUCUGUGGAGGAUGUGGACAUAAGACCAUGGUGAUUAACGGUGGCAACAAACUUGUGUGUCCCGAGAAGGACAAUGGUGUGGAAUGUAAGGACUGUCCUACUCGGGGACGUAUCACCUACCUGUCAUUCCCUCGAACAGACUGCUGUGUGAUCAUGCUGGUGGUUAACAAGGAAGGAGACAAAAUCCUGCUGGGACGGUCCAAGCGGUUCCCUCCGGGCAUGUACUCGUGUCUGGCCGGCUUCAUUGAGCCAGCCGAGUCUCUGGAAGAUGCUGUGCGAAGAGAGGUGUUUGAGGAGUCUGGAGUCAAGGCCAAACGGGUGGUUGUCUAUGGCACCCAGCCCUGGCCCUUCCCCGGCAACAUUAUGGUCGGAUGCAUUGCUCAGGCCGAUCCUGAUGACCCCACUUCCGAAGAAAUCAACCUGGGUCUGGACCCCGAGCUCGCAGAUGCCCAGUGGUUCUCCAUCGAGGACGCCAAGGGCUGGCUCAAGAAGGCCGAGACGUCUCGAGGUCUGCGACGGGGCUCUUCGGCAGGACAAGACGAGGUGUAUCUGCCUCCUCCUGAGGCAAUUGCCUUCAACCUCAUUGACGCGGUGGUCCACAAGAACGUGCUGGCUGAGAACAAGGCCCAAUUGUAG